AUGAAGCUCGUAUUUAAAAGUAUCGAAAGGGAUGGAUGCGGGAGUAUCGGCCUUGUCCCUGAGGAGUCUGAAGACAUGUGGCAUGCCUACAAUCUGGUUGCUGUGGGUGAUGCGGUCACAGCGUCCACUGUUCGGAAAGUUCAGACUGAAUCCUCCACGGGUUCAUCAACCAGCAAUCGUGUGAGGACCACCCUCACCAUUACUGUGGAGACCAUCGAUUUUGAUACUCAGGCAUGUGUGCUGAGGUUGAAGGGACGCAAUAUUGUGGAGAACCAAUAUGUAAAGAUGGGUGCGUACCACACAUUAGAUUUAGAAUUAAAUAGAAAAUUCACUUUACAAAAACCAUUAUGGGACUCAGUGGCUUUGGAGAGGGUAGAGAUGGCUUGUGAUCCAGCGGCUAGUGCCGAUGUGGCUGCAGUAGUGAUGCAGGAGGGCCUAGCUCAUGUUUGUCUGAUCACACCCUCAAUGACUUUGGUCAGAUCAAAGAUUGAUAUUACUAUCCCUAGGAAACGAAAAGGAUUUGUUCAACAACAUGAAAAGGGUCUAAACAAAUUCUAUGAUGCUGUAAUGCAAGCAAUCUUGAGGCAUGUAGACUUCAACAUUGUCAAAUGUGUAAUUGUUGCAUCACCGGGAUUUGUAAAGGAUCAGUUCUUUGAGUAUAUGAUGCAACAAGCUGUGAAAACUGAUAAUAAACUGUUAAUUGACAAUAAAAGUAGAUUCUUAUUAGUCAAGGCUUCCUCGGGCUUUAAACACUCAUUAAAAGAGGUAUUACAAGAACCGGCUGUAAUGGCCAAAAUAUCGGACACGAAGGCUGCCAGUGAAGUUAAACUACUGGAGAAUUUUUACACUAUGUUGCAACUUGAGCCAGCAAAAGCUUUCUAUGGGAAGAAGCACAUUGAACGAGCAAAUGAGGCUUUAGCCAUUGAGACUUUAAUGAUUUCUGACAAACUGUUUAGGUGUCAAGAUAUACAGCAAAGGAAAGAGUAUGUAGCUCUAGUUGAUGCAGUUCGAGAGAAUGGAGGUGAAGUGAGGAUUUUCUCUAGCAUGCAUGUAUCUGGGGAACAGUUAGACCAAUUGACUGGAAUAGCAGCCGUUCUACGUUUUCCUAUGCCAGAGCUGGAAGACAGUGACGCAGAAGGCGACAGCGACUCUGAUUAG